CCUCGCCCGCCUCGCCCCGCCUCGCCCCGCCUGUGCCCUCCGCAGGGGGGGCGCGGCCUGGGCGCUCGCGGCGCCCGGUGACCUGUCCUCCGGGGGCCGCUGGCCAAGGGUGCCCGCCGACGAACAUGGCGAAGGUAGAGCAGGUCUUGAGCCUCGAGCCUCAGCACGAGCUCAAAUUCCGAGGGCCCUUCACCGAUGUCGUCACCACCAACCUGAAGCUGGGCAACCCGACAGAUCGGAAUGUGUGCUUCAAAGUGAAGACCACGGCCCCUCGCAGGUACUGCGUGCGCCCCAACAGCGGGGUCAUCGACGCAGGGGCCUCCAUCAAUGUGUCCGUGAUGUUACAGCCUUUCGAUUAUGAUCCCAAUGAGAAAAGUAAGCACAAGUUUAUGGUUCAGUCUAUGUUUGCGCCAACUGACACUUCUGAUAUGGAAGCAGUAUGGAAGGAGGCAAAACCGGAAGACCUUAUGGAUUCAAAACUUAGAUGUGUGUUUGAAUUGCCGGCAGAAAAUGAUAAACCACACGAUGUAGAAAUAAAUAAAAUUAUACCCGCUACUGCAUCAAAGACAGAGACUCCCACAGUGUCUAAGUCGCUGCCUUCUGCUCUGGACGACACGGAGGUGAAGAAGGUGAUGGAGGAGUGUAGGAGGCUGCAGGGGGAAGUGCAGAGGCUGCAGGAGGAGAACAAGCAGCUCAGAGUCACCAAGGAAGAAGACGGGCUCCGCCUGAGGAAGACGGCGCCGAGCCACAGCCCAAUUUCAGCCUUGGCCGCAGCCGGGAAGGAGGAAGGCCUCGGCACGCGGCUCCUGGCACUGGUGGUCUUGUUCUUCAUCGUCGGUGUGAUCAUAGGGAAGAUUGCCUUGUAGGGGCAGAUGGGAUUAACGGAUCCACCAUAUCAUGGGAUUGAAAUUAUCAUAACCCUGUGUAAAAAGAAAUUAACGUAUGAUGACGUCUCACAGGUCUUGCCUUUAAAUGAGCCCUCCCCCACAUACGCAUACACACACACACGAGUACACACGCAAGUAGAACAUACUAAACAGUCUUUUAGAAAGUUGCAAACAUGUAGUAGGUGAUCGGGACUCAGAUGGUCUUCAUUUACAGUGAGGGAAACCGUGACAAAUGCCACAAUGUAAUGUCCUUGCGCCUGCUGCUAGGCCUUGCUCUGUGUCGCUGGAUUACCGCCCUGACGACUGUCCCUUGCCCGCUGGUGCCUGCCGCCCUCUUCUCCCCCGCCCAGGGGCUGGAGCCCCGCAGCCGGAGUGCGGCCGUCUGCGCCCCGGAGAGCCCCCGCUGCCCACUCCCUGCCCGGGGUGUUCUGCACAUCGCCCGUCUGUUGGGACUCUCCAUCCCUGGGACUGAGACAGGGUCUCUGCUGUGGCAGCGUGGGACGUCCCGGAGCCAGCGGGGCCUGUGCUGAGCAACCCCACACUCAGAAAGACAGCGCCAUGCUUCGUUCUCUCCAAGGGACCAAGCUGACUUACUGUGGGUUCACGUAGUGAAACAGAACUGUUACCCAGAGAUGUUUAAUGCAGAUUUAACUUAUUUAGUGUAUUUCAUCUCAUGCUUUCUUUUUGUCACGAGAGUACAAUUAGUGCCAUGGCCUGGAGGCUACCCGUGCCCCGGGCACCGGGCACUGGGUUGUGAGGCCAGUUGGGCCACGGCAGGCAGUGGGCACUAGUGUCACAGGGUGCCCGGUCCUUGUGACAGCAGCUGCAGGUGGGCUCUCCAUGUCUCCAAGAGGUCUGAUUGGAGCAGUGACAGUUCUGGGUCGCCCCUCGCACACGGUCCUGUGCUGUCAGGGCUGGGUUAGGCUGGGCAGGGCCCGCAGGGGAGUGAAUCGGGAGAGCACGCCGUGGGAGACCCAUCCAGUUCUGUUCAACUCUAGCAUCUUGGAAAAAAAAAUAAAUAAAACCCCAACAUGAA